UCCGGUUCCGUCCGGCGCCAUUUUGAUGAAACAGCGAGGAGACGAGAGGAACCCCACGGACCAGCGACAUGGAUUUUAUGGAUUUAAACUGAACAGUUAUCUGGAUGACUGGCAUUUUUUUUGUUUGGGAAAUGAUCGUCGAAGUGGACCGUUUUCUCCCCGACCGUGUAACUGGCGGAUUUAGAAGAUUGCACGGCCACCGACUGCGUUGUUAAGCGUUAGCUGUUAGCUUUUGUUAGGCCGUUGGUGUUUCACAAUGUGUUGAGUAGCAUGCUAGUUAGCAUUUAUACGGAACUAACGACUUCAGAAAGACAUUUUAGGGGUCUAGGAGUGUCAAAAGAAUCGCCGUGGACUCCUACGGGAGGAUUUCCGGAGGUUUUUUUUUUUGGACUUUUUUCCCCUCAGGCUUGGUAGUUAAAAAAGGAACUGCACUGAAAAGACUGUUGCUCGGGAAGGCCAAGGCCCGCUGCUAGCCACCUGAGCGGCUUGCGAGGCUUUGGGCUUUCCACCAAGGACAAUUCACCAAGGACUUGGCCUCGUUUAUAUUCGUAUCAUAAAAUAUACUGUGCUGCAUGGACUCUCUUGGAUCUGGUGGCAUUACGAUGUGUUUUCAUGAACUUUAAAGGACUGGUGCGGUGCCUCUCAGUGGCGCUUUGGCCUCACGUUUUUCCUUUGGCACUUAUUUGAUACGGACUCUGUCGUCCUCUGCGAGCUCAGCCUUUCCACGUAUUAGCCCUUUCUCUUGUCAACAGUGUUUCAGCAAACUGACAGAAGGUUUACCAAUUAAAGUCUAAACAUUUAGCCCUCAUGUGUUCAGUGUUGACGCUGUUGUUUAUAUAACAGAUCUGUUUCCCCCCUUAAGUUGUGCUUGAUUGAGGUUCUAAGUAGGCCUGUCAAAAUGUCGUGUGUUCACUAUAAAUUUUCUUCCAAACUGGACUACAACACAGUCACUUUCGAUGGGCUACAUAUUACCCUUAGCGAGCUUAAGAGGCAGAUUAUGGCCCGGGAGCGCCUCAAGGCCACAGACUGCGACCUGCAGAUCACCAAUGCGCAGACGCGAGAAGAAUACACAGACGAUGAAGCCCACAUCCCAAAACACUCAUCCGUCAUCGUGCGCCGCACUCCGAUCGGCGGAGUAAAGCCGGCUGGCAGGACGUUCAUUGUAGAUCGUUCUGACACAGCUGUGGUUGGAUCUUCUAGACCCGUAUGUAAAACAAACCCAGAACAACACUUUGUCCUCCUCCUCACAUCUCUCUCUCCCACUCUAUCUGGCUUUAGUCAUCUCUCUCCAGAACAUCCUGUCAACAGAAAUCCAGUUGAAUAUUCUGUUCCCCUUGUGUUUCUAUUUAUUCUGUUGUUGAGAUCGCAACCUUGUUGUUUAAUGUCUUUUUUGGCGAGGGCUUGUUCAAGUCACUACAGUUCAAGUAAUUUUGUUACUGAAAACAAUGCUUUAUUUCUACUUUGGAAAUAGUAAUUUAACGUAAAUACCGGCUAAAGGUGAUGGCGUUAAAGGAACAAAUUAGCUAUUUUGUUUCUGUGCAUUGAAGUGACUGUUGAAUUGUUGCCACUUUCUAUAGUUUUCACUAAAACAUUUAAACUCAUGUUUUUCAUAAUGAAGUGGUUUUGUAGCCUGUUUUAAGGCCAAUGUUCUUAAGGUAUUUGUAAGAAGAAAAAAAAAUGGUAUUUUUGUAUUGAUAAACUAUUGUCAUUGUUGUUUUCUGUGAAAAUAUUUUAUCUGGGUAAAGAACCCAAGCAAUUAAAGUGUGCCAUUGAUCAA